CCUCACUGCUUAUUCAUUACGACGGUCUUGUACAGACCAGAGAUAUGAUUAUGGCAGUUCACAGUAAGAAAUUCUCAGUUCAUUGGUUUCCACCAUUACUGCUUCUAUUUGUCAUGGCAUUUCUGCCUGCAACUCAAUCGAAGAUGCCGAAUCUCGAUGUCUUCAGAAAGAGCAGGAUGGUGAAUCCCAGUGCUGCCAAACCUUCCUCUACCUCCAAGGACGACUUACAGACCUUUUUCUAUACACAGACGCUCGACCACUUCAACUACAGGCCAGAAAGCUACACUACUUUUCAACAGAGAUACAUGAUCAACUUUAAGUACUGGGGUGGCGUUAAUUCGAUUGCUCCAAUCUUUGUUUUUCUUGGGGAGGAGUCAUCUUUGGACGAUGAUAUAGAGUCUAUUGGGUUCCUCACUGAUCACGCCCCUCGCUUCAAUGCUUUGAUAGUAUAUAUAGAGCAUCGCUACUAUGGAAAGUCGGUCCCGUUUGAGUCCUGGGAAAAAUCAUUUCAAAACACUGAGACUCUUGGGUAUUUCAAUUCUGCUCAAGCUCUAGCGGAUUAUGCAGAGGUGAUCAUAGAUUUGAAGAAAAAUCUAUCUGCAGAGUUCUGCCCAGUAAUUGUCAUGGGAGGAUCUUAUGGUGGAAUGCUUGCAUCUUGGUUUCGCUUAAAAUACCCUCACGUUGCCCUUGGUGCACUAGCCUCAUCAGCACCAAUUCUCUACUUCGAUGACAUCACCCCACAUAAUGGGUACUAUUCUAUUGUCACCAAGGACUAUAGAGAAGCUAGUGAAAGUUGCCACGACACCAUAAGAGAAUCAUGGUCUGAAAUUGAUAAAGUGGCCUCCCAAGCUGAUGGUCUUUCAGUCCUGAGUCAAAAAUUCAAGACUUGCUCGCCAUUGAACACAUCUUUCGAGCUCAAGGACUAUCUGGACAGCAUAUAUGCAGAAACUGCACAGUUCAAUAGACCCCCAGAAAAUAUCGUCAAUAAAAUCUGUGAUGUCAUUGAUGGCGCACCCAAAGGAACCGAUAUUCUUAGCAGGGUGUUUGCAGGUGUUGUUGCUUAUAUGGGAAAUCGAUCCUGCUACGAUACAAAUUACUAUAAUUAUCCAACUCAAGGAUAUUUCGGUUGGAGAUGGCAGACAUGCAGUGAGUUGGUAAUGCCCAUUGGUCGAGGUAGCAAUGACACCAUGUUCCCUUCAUCUCCUUUUGACUUAAAAAAUUACACCAAGUCAUGCCAGGAUUUGUAUGGUGUUCCUCCAAGACCUCAUUGGAUCACUACUCAAUUUGGAGGGCACGAUAUAAGAUUGGUUCUUCAGAAGUUUGCUAGCAAUAUUAUAUUUUCCAAUGGACUCAAGGACCCUUAUAGUAGUGGAGGAGUUUUGGCAAACAUAUCAGACAGUAUUGUGGCAAUAUAUACAAAUGAAGGAUCACAUUGCAUGGAUUUAUAUCAGGCAUCGGCGCAUGACCCAAAGUGGUUGGUUAUGCAACGGCAAUUAGAGAUCGAAACCAUCAAAGGAUGGAUAGAGAAAUACUACGUAGAGCUUGCUGCUGCAAAUCAGGAUAACCCAGCAGAGCCAUCUCAAAAUUAAUUGCCUUUUCUUCAUAGUGAAUGCAAAAUCAUAUUAAGUUUAAUUAUAAAGUACAACUGAAAUAUAUAGUAUUUUAAUUUCCAUAGUAGCAGGAAGCAGUAACUGUAAUCCUGAUUCACCAUGUAAGUCCCAACUAGUGUGUGGUCCAUGCUCACAAUAAUUAAUGUUCCUAUAUAUGUGUGUUACAAAUUAAGGCUGUAUUUGGUUGUAAUGCAA